AUGAGGACCGAUCCUCUUUCGAAUUGCGAGCGAGCAUUUUACCUCGCCUCAUUCGCGCAAAAUGAGCGUAUCGAUGGACGCAAGUGUGAUGAGUUCCGCGAAGUGAAAGUUCUGGUUGGUUCCGAGCUUGGCAGCUGCCUCACUACGCUCGGACAAACAAAAGUCCUGGCACAGGUGAGCUGUUCUCUGGUGGAGCCAUCCUCGACAAGAGGCAAUAUGGGUAUGGUGGAAGUUCAGGUGGAUAUGUCGCCCAUGGCUUGUCCCGAGAACGAGGAUGGUCGUCUUGGUUCGAAAGGCCUGGAACUGAUGCGGAUUCUCGAGCUGCUUUAUCGCGAUUGCGGUGUCAUCGAUCUCGAAUCUCUUUGCCUGAGGGCAUUCAAGCAGGCAGGAGUCUGGCAAAUACGUAUUGAUAUCCAUGUACUGGAUGAAGAUGGUUCAUUAGUGGACUGCGCGUGUAUUGCUUCCUUAACAGCUCUUGCACAUUUUCGUAGGCCGGACGUCUCCCACAGUGGCAGUGAUAAAAUACCGAUACCUCUCAACAUAUACCAUAUGCCAGUUUGCGUAUCGUUCGGAAUGUUUGCUGACGGGUGA